GUCACUACUGUGCGACGCACAUGUCGAGGUGAAAGUGCAGGCUGCCAUUUUUCGAUGGAAACCUUCUGAGUAGUUAGACAAGCAAAAACAUCAACUGUGAGUUCCACCGUCACUCAUAAGCCUAUGUGUUUCAUCUGUUUGCGUAUUUAAAUAUUAUGCAUGAGGAUUGCAGAAGCUUUGUUUAUUAAAACCGUAGUUAAUUAGUUAUUGCACAGGCUUAGCUGAGGGUUGCAGUGAGCUGCAGAUGGCUGCUUAGCUCGGCUAGCUAAAGUUAGCCUUUGCUGUAAACAAACACUACAGAUAGUGAAGAAACCAUAGCUGACGGAGAGCUCACACUUUCCAUGUUUGCUCGGUAGAUUUGCACAAUAAUUCAGUGGGUUAAGUUAGGAUUCAACAUUUAGGACAGAGACGGUCUGAUGCUGCGCGGGUGUAAACAAGCGAUGCAACUUCAGUAUUGAUGACUGUGCGAGUUUCUUUAGACUAGGUCGGAGCUCAGGGGCUUUAGAGCGGGUUCGGGGGUCAGUUGGGUCACAGGAGAAACACAAACGCACACCGGCAUGUCAUCUUUCUCGGAGUCUGCCCUGGAGAAGAAGCUGACGGAGUUGAGUAGCUCGCAACAGAGCGUCCAAACUCUGUCUCUGUGGAUCAUCCACCACCGCAAACACUCGUCCCUCAUCGUCAAAGUGUGGCACAGAGAGCUGAAGAAAGCCAAGACCAGCAGAAAGCUGACUUUUCUGUAUCUGGCCAAUGAUGUCAUCCAGAACAGCAAAAAGAAAGGACCAGAGUUUGCCAAAGACUUUGAGACUGUCCUUGUCGACGCCUACUCCCAUGUUGCAAGGGAGGCAGAUGAUGGCUGUAAAAAGCCAAUGGAGAGAUUGCUGAACAUCUGGAAGGAGAGGGCCCUCUAUCGAGCAGACUUUAUUCAGCAGCUCAAACUCGCCAUAGAAGACUCUAACAGUCCCAGGCCUUCAGAAGAGAAGAAGCCUGUGAAACGGAGCUAUCAGAAGGUCCAAGAAGAGGAAGAUGAUGAAGAUGAUGACUACAGAAGCCACAUGUCACCUCAUAACUCAGACAUCACUGCAAGUCAGCUGACGGAGGAACUUGUAAAGGCCCUGCAGGACUUGGAGAACGCUGCAUCGGGUGAUGCAGCAGUUCGUCAGAAGAUCGCCUCCCUGCCUCAGGAAGUCCAAGAUGUUUCUUUACUGGAGAAAAUCACUGACAAGGAUGCAGCAGAUAAGCUGUCGAAGACGGUGGAUGAAGCCUGUCUGUUGUUGGCCGAGUACAAUGGGCGUCUGGCUGCAGAGCUUGAGGACCGCAGGCAGCUGGCCCGCAUGCUGACUGAAUACAUCGGCAGCCAGCGAGACGCGCUGAUGGAGAGAGAGAAGAAACUAGAGGACUACAAACAGAAAUUAGCGAGAGUAACCCAGGUAAGGAAAGAGUUGAAAUCCCACAUCCAGAGUCUCCCUGACCUCUCCCUCCUGCCCAAUGUGACUGGGGGUCUGGCCCCGCUCCCCUCCGCCGGGGACCUUUUCUCCACUGACUGAGACGUCUGCCCGGAGAAAGUACUCCCCUCGGACCUCCCUACCAAGAAACAGCAACAUGUUUGAUUCACAAAAUAUUCUAGUUGUGUUUCUGACAAGAGGACAUGUGGUCAACCCUCCAGGACAAGAUGGAGGAAGGGACACUCAAAGAGAGGUUUGGGGAGAUGAAAACACUCUGCAGAGGAGAACAGAGACUCUGUCAGCCUGGACUUUUCUAGCAUUUGCUCAGUUGAUGAGGAUUCCACUCCACCAGCUCGGAAUGAAUUUGUUUCCUGUUUGCUUUUUAUUUUUAUGCUGGAAAGCAGAGGGAUCUUGGAGGAUGGGUGGGGUAAAGAUACAAAACUUAGACAGGUGUCAAUGAUAGUUUUCAGUACAUGUCAAUGAAAGUGUUUAUCUGUGUGGUACGUUUAGAUUCAGAAGGCAGAGGUAAGCUGUUUGCUCUCAGACAUUAUUACUCUGUGUAGAGGAGUUUCCAGUCAUUAGUUUUAUUUUUUGGUUUUCAGUUUGGGGCUUUUAUGGACAAAUGGUUUGUAUUGUUUGUACUGUUAUAGUACAUUUCACUAACACAUGAUAAAAACUGUGAUCAAAGAGGUUUUGUUGGGAUGCAUCAACACAUAGUUUAAAGUCCAUAGGCCUUGGUUUUCUUGUCACAGCCUGCAAGUGUUUUUUCUUCUUUGCAGAUUAACACUUUGCAAUUCAAAGAGCUCAUUUCUUUCAGGAUUUUAUUUGGACAGAUGCUUGAAAAAUGAUACGGCUAAUUAUGUUCAUGAGUGUGUACUAGACAAAGUUUGAAUUUUACAAAAUAAAUCCUGGGAGUUUUUGGAAAUAGUUUUUGAACAAAAUUGCUAUCCAAUAAACUGCCUUGUCUCGAAGAAACUACAAGGAGCUUCCAUUAUGUGUGGAUUUUUGCUGCCCCUGUUGACAAGCCUCAUGCUAUACAGACCUUGAUCUGGCUUGUGCAUUCAUUUUGUCAUCCAAAAGAAAGACGCAAUUCAUGUUUGCAGGAUGCUCAGCAAGGUAAUGUAUCAGUUUGAGUCUAUGUUCAUCUACGGUGAGCUGACAUGGCUGCCCAGUAGUGAUUUUCUUGAUGAGGAUAGUUAAAGUUCCCUUGAAAUACGUCUCAAAAUGGGCCGCAAGAUAUAGCUAGUAGCAUGGCCAUUGUGGAUCUUAUGAGUGGGUUGUCUCAAAGCCAUAUAAUGUCAAACGUGGCCUUCAUAUGAAGCAUACAUGCGUGUGUCUAGAAGAACAGGGUGCCAAGGUGGAACCCAUUCUCAUCUCUCAUCAGUUUCUUCUUUAUUUGACUGACAGACAAAGGCUGACUCAUGGGUUUGCCCUUGCUCUCUUUGUCCCUUUCUACAUCUCUUUUUGUCUUUGCUGAUCUGCCUUUGUAGACAUAACAAAAAGUGGAAAAUAAAAUCAAUCCUCUACUUUC